AAUGGAGGUGUAGGACAUUGCAUUUCAUUGUGUCUAAGAAGACAGCUUUCAUUAAUGCGUGGUAAGAUUGGUCAUAAGAAUGGACACUCAUCCAAAAAUGUUUAAAUGAAAGUUAAAAACUGCGUGAAGAAUCACCCGGGAGAGACGCCCAUUUGGAAUUGAAGAGGCAGAAAGAGGAACACGUGGAAUAGAUGACUCAAGCAGGUCACAGGUAUGAUGGUCUCUGUUAAAAUUAAAUGGUCCUGGGCAUCCCCUAGGUCGACUCAACCUCCAAUGGUCUCUGUUAAAAAAAAAAAACUAAAAAUGUGCUUGGGCAGGAGGGGUGACGAUGUCCAGUGGGCGAGACUGAGAACUGAGUGUCAGCCAAAGGAGAGGUGGGGGACGCUCCAGGCAGAGGAACGUCCACCGCGGAAGACGAAGCGCCGAAAUUAUCUCGAGUGCAGGCGCCUGGCAAAGCGCUGAAUCGCAGGGCCGAGUUUUCGUGGCUGACGAUGGCUUUUGAGGGGGGAGGCCUUCAUCCAGCAGCGGAUUGAUCAUGGCUGGUUUGGGGGGGGGGGGUGACGAUGUUAUCGUUGUAGCCAAUGAAGACUCCACCGUGAAUUCCAGCACCGCUCUGUUCGCCUUGCGUGGCUUCUCGCCGCAUUGGACAGCGCUGUGGCUCAAUGGGCAGGAGGAGCGCCUCUUCCACCCCCACCGCCACAACCACGUGUGUGCUUGUCCUAUUAAAGCUGCCCGGGCUGCCUAGGUUACACGGCACAACGCCUGCGACAAGCCAGCAAGCAGCAGGAGGAGUAGAGUGGAGGAGGGCGCAUCGGUGGUGGUGGUGGAUUGAGCGCCUCUCAAAACGCUCUCAGCAGCAGCAGCCGGAGGAGGAGGAGGGGUGAAGCGGAAUUCCAGAAUCUUCAUUAGCACCCGCAGAUCAUCUUCCGCCACGCAGAAACGCGCGGCAGCUUUGUCCGCCUCACAGGUUCAUCGAGCGUGGCCAGGGAGGAGAAACCAUGCCCAUGCCCGCUCUGCUCCAAAUCGCCGCUCGCUUCCAACAAAGCUGGCAGCCUCUGCCCCCCGGUGCCGAGGAUGAAGCUCGCGGGGCGGCGAGGGCCGACGGUGGCGGUGCAGCAGGAGGAGACGGCGGCGGCGGAAUCUGUCUCGACGAUAGCCUCACCAGCCUGCAGUGGCUCCAAGAGUUCUCCAUCCAGGGCUCGAGCCUGCGGGCUCCGCAAGUGUCUCCCGGUGGCGCUGGCAACAGCGGCGGACUGCAGCAGUUGCAGCAGCAGCUGCUGCUGCUGCAGGACGAGCAGCAGCUGCAAGUGCAGCAGCAGCAGCAGCAGAGGUCGGGACCAGCGCCGUGCUCGCCUCCGGCCGGCGACACCGCGGGCGCAAGGGGGACCCCCGCGUGCACCCCGCAGCGCCCGGCCUGCGGUCGCAGCAGGGAGGGCACCGGCGAGCAGCAGGGGGGGGGGCGAGCGGCCAGCCCGGUGCCGGACGAGGUCGACUACCGCACGGACGCCAGCGUGAAGCCGCCCUACUCGUACGCCACGCUCAUCUGCAUGGCCAUGCGCUCCACCCACAAGAGCAAGGUCACGCUGGCCUCCAUCUACAAGUGGAUCAUGGACAACUUCUGCUACUACCGCCACGCCGACCCCACGUGGCGGAACUCAAUCCGCCACAACCUGUCUCUGAACAAGUGCUUCGUGAAGGUUCCCCGGCAGAAGGACGAGCCGGGCAAGGGGGGCUUCUGGGCCAUGGACCCGCAGUACGCCGACCUGUUCGAGAACGGCAUGGUGAGGCGCCGCAGGAGAGUCGGUCCGGCAAACUUCCACGGCGCCGGUGCCGGCGGCGUCUCCGCGCCCGCGCCGUCCGCGCCGGGCAAGAGCGGCAUGUGGAACGCUCGGCACCACGGCUCCGCUUGGGAGACGGCGCUGCCGGGGGCCGCCCACGGGCCCUGCCUGACCGACGACCCCCGGGGCAGCAAGCGCAAGCAGCCGCUGCCCAAGAGGCUGGGCAAGAUGCCCCGGACCUCCAGCCCCGUCCGCCUUCCCGCGUCGCCGUUCGCGGGCCCGGACGAGCGCGCAAGGGACCACCUGCGGGCCGACCUGGACUGGCAGCAGGUGCUGGAGGACAUGUUCCACGGAGACCUUGGCGGGCUCGGGGAGUUCGAGCUGAGUCCGCCGCUCACACCGGAGAGCGGGGGGGUGGCCGCGGCCGGAGAGCUGGACGUCGACCUCACGAUCCACGGCCACCACAUCGACCGCCCGUCCGAGUGGUGCUGCGGGCAGGCGGGCCUCGAUUCCCUCCUCGUGCAGCAGAGCCGGCUGCACCAGCAACUCUACCACCAUCACCAGCAGCAGCAGCAGCAGCACCACCACCACCACCAGCAGCAGCAGCAGCAGCUGAGUCAGCCGCCGCUGGGUUUGGAUGAAGAGCUGGCUCUGGCCGUGAGUUCCCUGCGUCACCCCUGGGAGGAGAUCCAUGAUGAUGACCUGCUGAUGGGGGGUGUGGUGAGUCUGGCCGAGGUGCUGGACUUCAGCGACGGCUUCUCGGAGAACCUCAGCCAGUGGGACAGCUCGGAGGCAUCUCAGUGAACGCCGCGAGCCUCCGCCAACUUUGCAAUUCGAAACUCUCCGCCUCGGUCUUUUAAUGCCGUCGCGAAUUUCCCAUAGACGGUCGAUGCGGAACACUUUGAAAUGCCUCUGAUUUAGAAAUUGCAAUGGGCAGGCCAACCCCCCACCCCUCACCCCAGUGGUGGCCGUCAAAUGGAUGCAGGCACGUAUCAUUUAAAGAGGUGAAGUCACGUGUCAUUUAAAGCGAUAUUCAAAACAAAAACAGAACAUUGGGCGGCGUUGCGCUCUUGAAGAGAUGCGUUUGUCGUAGUUCUUGACAAUAUGAAUGCAUCAUCAGUGCGUGAAAAGUAGAUGCCACGUGCUAGCUAUACAGCAUGGCCAUGCCUCGUCUGUUAAGGCGCAGGUGUCUGCUCACGCCGAGUGUACAGCAACAACGUGGGGAGCGUAGCACCCGUUUAUUACCCAUGCUCACACACGCCGCUCACUCCAACUCAACGUGUCCAGUACACGCACUGUGAGUCGUUACACUGUUCCCGCAAAAAAAAAGGCUUUUCCUUUAUUUGUUUUAAUGUUUUCGCCAUAAAGAUGAAGGCACCACGGCCACUUGCAUCACGCGUCAUCGCAAAGCGGCAAAACGUAGAAUCCUCACCGCCGUUAAACACUGGGCCUUUGGAGAAGGGAAGUUCCGACACACAAGCAGUGGGCUGCAUGAGAUGUACUGCUCUGUGUACUGCAGCCUCAUCGUAUCCAGGGGGAGUAACGGUGCCUUGAUUCAUCAGUACCGGUCCUUCUGCCGCGCGAUACACGCAUCGUUUCGCGUCUUGCGUUGCACGGCUCACAGUGACCCUUCCAGCCACUAGAGGCUGAUACAUUCACCGCAAUUCAAUAUAUUUGAAAUUACGGUUGCUGAGCACGGGGCCCAAAAAAA